AUGGCAGCCGCCUACCUCAAUAAUGCUUUCUAUGCCCCAGAAGUAUCAGAACCUCGAGGAGCAUUCCCUCAUUCUAGAAAUAUUUCUACAGUCUCAAGCGCGACGCUUCAUACGAGCACCACCUUGCACUCACCCCCUACAGAACCACUACUUCCACCAUCAGCACCUGGCACGGAGGGGUACUACGAAGUCCUUUCAAGACAAUCUAGGGGUGCAAGUAGAUCGUCAGUGCAUCUUCGCUGGGACCAAAGCACCGCUGUCGAUGGCACCCCUCUUAAGGGAGAGGAUCGGGGUCUUUGGAACAGAGUAAUGCAAGCAAAGUUAAGUCGGUGGAAAUGGUUGAAAGCGGUUUUGGAGGCAGUCAUUGGAAUCUGGUCGCUAUACAAUACCAUCCGCUAUUUCUAUGCGUUCACGAUUUACGAAUCCCCUACUGGGCAGUCAUACUCUCUAGCGUUGGGCACAAGCACCGGGCUUUCGUUUGCGUGUCUAGCGUGUGCCGUCAUCCUUGCCUUGUCUGAAUCUGCCCUUUCUCUCCAUGGGAUUACCUUCCAGCGUCUAUUAUCCGCCCGGCAGUGGCUUCACUAUAUUUCCUCUUUUCUUUUGAUUGCCCCAGCUAUCGUUAAUUUCGCGGCAGUAUUUAGUUGGCGGAAUGCUACGGACUCACAACUUAUGACCGCACAUCGAUGUCAAGUCGAUAUCGAUAUCAUUUGGUCGACAUCAUACACUCUCUGCAACUUGAAAUCCCCCUCCUGGGGAGUCUGGCUCACCCUCUCUGUCCUUCGUCUUCUUUUUACACUCCUCCUCCUUGUAGCACACCUCAUGAUAUCUUCGAAUUUUUAUCGGCUUAAAAAUCUGGGGAAUCCCCGUCGCAGCCGCAAACAUAAAUAUCAUCAGUCAGACUCUUUUCAUACCCCCUGCCUGCCACCCCACAUGACAGGCCCGCUUUUACUACCGCACUUCGAGCGAGAUACCCGCAAGCCCAAGUCGACACUCUCAGCCAGAUCCAAAACCUCCUCCUCUCCUCGAAGUCAAGUCCGCCUUGUCCGUUCCAGAUCGUCCGGGCUGUCUGGUGAUGUCAUUUUUGACCCCACAUCAUUAUACUCAACACCCGCAAACCCUUCCUUCAACCUCCCGGAUCAGGGCGGUGAUACCAAUGGUUUUGUCGACCGUUUUAGGUCACUCGUUGCUCAAUAUACCCGAGAAACAGAAGAAGCACUUGAAUUGGCCAGGUCAGAAGAUACCUCAUCACGACAUACCCUCGAAUCCCCACCUCCAAAUAUCAAAGAUCCUAAUGACGCUGACCUCCAACCUUCAGCAGGGCUACCUGACGACAGAGAUGAUGAUGAAGGGCACGAGGAGGAUUAUGAUAAUGACGAUAUCUACCGAACCCGACCGCCCUCCGCCCUAGGAUACAACGAGUUGGGAAUGCCGUACCCUCCAGAACAACAAAUACGCAUGCUGAAUGGGUACAUUAGGCGCAUGCCGACAAUAGAAUCAAUGGGCUCGAGGGAAAUGGGCAGCAGCAUCGCUGGUUCGAGUAUGUAUACCAACCGCGAUAGGGAGCGAGAGCGAUAUAGCAUGACCACGAAUAGUCGACCACCGACGAGGAAUAAUCGGUCGUCGUGGGACAGCGAAGCACAUAGCCGGACAAAUAGCUUGUCGGCGCAGGCGGGGAUUCUAGCUGGGUUGACUUCUGAGGUGGGUGAGUUGUUGCGUAUGGAGAACAGGGCGGAGCUUAGUCGGAGUCCUGCGAGCUCAGGAGUGGAGCCUGGAGGAUGUGUUGGGGGUGGCGUCUUUGACAGAUUCGAAGGCUUGGGUGUGACGAGGUUGACAAAGCAAGACCUUCACGGUAUUCGUCACAAUGCGAAGCCGCAAUGGGGCGUUUCGCGUACUAGCCCCCUGGGAAACAUGGUGUGGAAGGUGUUUCAAAGCGAUUCGGAUUCGCAUAGCAAAGCCGGCAGGAAGGGCGACUCUUUGAAAAGUGACAAACGCGGCGUUUCUGUUGCUGAAACAACGGAAGCUAGCAGCUUCGUAGUAUCCCUUGUGUCGCGCCGAAAGUCUGCGAUACCAGGUGGUGCGGACAAAAAGCAGGAUGGGAAUCGUAAUCUCUAA